CACCAGUCAGCCAACCCCAUCGCUAUUCUAUUCGUUCCUGAGGAGUCUAGAACGCUCUCAAUACAGUGUACUGUGCGGUGCUGACUUGUCACCAGUGACGUAGUGUGCCAUACUCUCUUACAUUCUUCUCACACAGACACUGGCUCACUUACUCACAAUCUGCACAAUUUUCGCGCCCGAGCCUUGAGACGCGUCACUUUCCCCCAUCGCUACACCACGCGGCGCGGCAAACUUCAAUCUGCAGCGAAGCUUUGAUCCAUCCCCUUGGCAGGAUCCAUCUACAUACAGCGGCCACCCCAGCUUGUCUUGCCUGGUCUCACUGCUGAGGUGCAGAACGUCAAAGUCUCCGCUGCCCCGGCUGGGUGGUGAAUCCCGCACCCACAAUCAAUGCCCGAUAUCAAGGCAUCUCAUCAAGGAACCCUGCGGGGCUCUGUUAUGCUUCCUGUUGAGCCAGCUUCGGACGGAGAGGUGGGCUACAAGACUGCACUGUCCGAGAUGGAGAGUGACGAUGGCAGCCAUGCUGGUGAUCAGCCAGCAAAUGACGAGCCAAAGCACCAUGCCAAGGACGACGAGAUCGAGGUGGAAGAGCUCCCAGAUGAUUACACAGAGCAGCAGCAGAAGCAACAGCAACAACAACAACCAACGCUACGACCACCCAAGGCUAACUUACGGAGAAAGACGUCCAAGGACAGUCCGGCCUACGUCUCACCUAUACCUAAAAUACCCAGCAUACCCUCUGUACAACCUAUACAAUCUUCUGCUGAAGCGCAAUCUACACCCCCACCAUCUGGUGAAGGACCGCUGCCACAACAAGGAAAGAUGCCUGUGCACGAGGCGUCCAAGGAGUAUCUCGUGGGAAAGAAGAUCGACGAGUUUGGUGACAUUGUGGACAUCAAUGGAAACGUCCUCGGGCGCGUGGAAGGGGACUUACCAUCCAUGGUUGGGCGUGAGAUUUCCAAUGCCAGAGGCGAUGUGCUUGGGGACGAUGGCGAGCUCCUAGGAUAUGUAGCUGCACUCGGGGCUGGAGACGACCGUGACAAGCAGACCAGGACGGAAGUUCCUACCUGGAGCCUGGCAGAGGUCAUGAAGGCUAUGGCCGCCGCCGGCAAGGGACCCGGCGGGCUGCGAGUGGAUCCUUUUGGAAAUAUCCUCGAUGCUGAAGGGAACAACGUGGGAUCCUUCCAUGAUAAUAUCUCAGGCUUCGGGAAGAAAGCUGCCGAAUACGCCCCUGACAGCGAGACAGGGGAGGGGAGGACAAGGACGAAGGGGAAGAAGACGACCGGCCCCCUGGAGCCGGCGGCUGGAGGAGAAGCAUCGCGACAAGCCGAAGAUGAAGAAGCGCCCGAGGCCGAGCCGUCUUCUCCCAAGGAGGCGAGGCGGCCACGGGAGAACGCGCAGAGCCACAGGAAGGAGGACCCAGCCCUCAGCCCAUCGGAUAUCUUCCUGGACGUCAAGUCGACAACGGAGGGUAUCCAGCUCACGAUCCGCAUCCCUACUGUGUUUAACAGCGCAGGUCAACCGCGCCGGCCCAAGAUAGUGUUUGAAUAGUCACAUGGUCAGUCAAGUCGUGUAUGUCAUGAUAUGUCAGGGGGAGGGUGGGUGGUUCUGGAAGGUACGACAAGAGGCGUUAGGCGGUGAGAACGGGUCAUGGCUUAAGAAAUAGGAGAACGUUUCAAAGGGAGUCGAGGCGUGGUGGUAUCGUGUGGCUGGGUCGGAGAUUUUAGUUCGAGUUCAGUGUGGUAACGUCCAAAGCAUCACAGGUUUGUGUGCUCGCGUAUAGUAAUAUAAGUGAUAAUAUAUG